AUGAUUCUUGGAGUCUUUAUCUCCUUUUCCCUAUUUCACUCAUUGGUUAUCUGCCAAGGAUCGGUGCAGAGACAAAAUCAUGCAAGUUCCAAAACGUGCAACAUUAAUAACAACUUUUAUGCAGGACCCAACAAGAAAAUCGAAAAUCUUCUCUUGGAUGUGAAGAAACAGCUGAAUGACAUUCGAAAGGAUCUCAACAUAUUGCCGCAGAAUGAGGAUGACGACACGCAAGUUUUACCGGACGACAACAAUUCUUCCGUGCCAUGCACGUUCGGCCAGCUUUCGGCGGGAGGAGGAGGAAAUAUACCCACAGCUAAAAAUGAAGUUAUAAAGAAGAAUUGCGCUGAGCUGUAUAACAUUGGUCACAAAACCAGUGGCGUCUACAAAAUCGACCCUGAUGGCAGAGGUGCUUUUCUCGUGUAUUGUGACUAAAAGACAGGCAGUGGGGGGUGGACAGUGAUCCAGAAGAGGAUGGACGGCUCUGUCAAUUUCUACCUCGGUUGGGAAGACUACAAGAAUGGCUUUGGUAAUCUGAGUGCCGAGUAUUGGCUUGGAUUGGACAAGAUAUAUCGCUUGACCCUCAGCGACUGGAACAAGCUUCGCGUCGAUCUGAGAGAUGAAGAUGGAACUAAGGUCCACGCCGAAUAUGAAUUGUUUGCUGUUGCAAGCGAGAAGAACAACUACAAGUUGAGCCUUGGAUCAUAUUCAGGGACGGCUGGCGAUGCCCUAACCUAUCAUAAUGGAAUGACAUUCACCACCAAAGACAAGGAUAAUGACGCUCACAAAGAAAACUGUGCACUGAAGCAUAGCCGAGCUUGCUGGUACUAAGGAUGUGCAUAUUCCAACCUGAAUGGUCUCUAUCACAUUGGCACACAUUCCACAUGUGUCUAUGAGGGGAUUAUUUGGAACACUUGGAAGGGUUACCAGAGGUCUAUUGCAAAAGCUGCGAUGAAGAUCAAACCAAUCAAGUUUUAGAAACCGAAAUAUGAUAGAUUUAUAUAUUGUAUUUCAGUUUCUGAAACUUGAAGGCGUAAAAAAGAGCUGCGAUUGAUGUUUUGAAAAUAUAACCUGUUGUUAGAGUAUUGCCGAAAAUAAUUAGGUAGGGCAUUUAAGUAGAAGUUUCAGAAGGCCUUAAAUGUUUGGAACAAAUUAAGAUAAAGCAGAAUUGUAAUAAAUACUUGCUAUUUCUCGUUUUUAUUAGAGGAUUGUAAAUUCCUAAAAUAUAACAUUUGUGAGUCAUUUUUCUUUUAUCGAGAACAUCGUGAACAACUAUCUACAUUCAGAGAGGUUUAGGUAGAUAGAAACACUUUAAGCUCGGGAUCCUAGGUGGUUCGGCAACUUUUGUUUUUAUUUGAUUCCAUAUAUAAGGGAUGUUGUGCAAUUUAAGUAGGGAUAAGUCAUGAUAA